GGAAGCAGCGAAUUGAAGAUCCUUAAAUGCGGUUUGGUGGCAUCCCCGCGCGCGCUGGCCCCCAUGCAGACGCCUGCCCUGGACGCAUGGGUGCAACAUGCCACCACCAUUGCCAUUGCCAUUGCCAUUGACACCCCCCACCUACAUAAAUCCCCUCCCGCUGGCCUCGCCCCCGGCUUUUACCGCUCUUUGACUCCACUCCACCCCCCACCCAGCCGCCCGGCCACCCAGCUCCUCCUCCUCCUCCUCCUCCGCUCCCACGCGCCAGCCGAACACACGCUUGUUAGCUAAGCUCGCAGCGCCGCGCCGGCCGUGGAUCGAUCGGCCGCGCCGUAUGGGGAGGCAGCGGCGGUGGUCGCGCGCGGCGCUCCUCGCGUGCCUGGUGCUCCUCGCCGCCGCCGCGUGCGCCGACUCGGCGCGCCCGGGGCCGCUGGCGGCAGCGGCGACCGAAGGGCUGCCUGCCGGCGCGAGCGUGAGCGCCAGCGGCAACGAAGACGGCGGCGACGGCCCGCGGAGGAGCGCGUUCGACGCGCUGGUGGAGGGCCUCGUGAGCAUCGGGCUGGGGCGGCGGUGGCGCGCCGGCGACGGCGCCGGGCUGGUGGACGGCGACAAGCGGCGCGUGCCGACGGGGCCCAACCCGCUGCACAACAGAUGAGUACGCACGUACGUACUACAGCGGUUUGCUUGCUCCACCAACCUGUUCAUAUAUAUUGACACCAUAUUCUCGCAUGAUCUUGCCUCAGAUCACACACACCAAAACUUCACCUUACAUUGGUUUCCCUUGUUAUUAUUCUGCCAAAGGGCUGUAAAUUUUUACAAAGCAUCGAGUUUCCUUAUUGUUCUGUCAAACGUGUCCGAAGAAAAGGGAUUGCAUGAGUACGAAAUGGAUGUGGAUUGAAGAAUACGGCAUCGGGCCAGAAAGGAAGGGAAUGGAUUGCAGGGAGCCUUCUCGAGGAAGAUACUAGGAGAAAGUAGUCCACAAAAGGCUGGGAUGUGAUGAACACGUAUUUUUGGUUCAAACAUGAAUGAUGAACGCAUCGAUCGAUCGACCACCUCCAUUGGCGAGCGCACUUUGAGCCUUCGCUUUCGGAGAACUAUCAUUUUUUUUUGCCUGUGAUGGUUCUUUUUCUGAUUACCCCGUGUUCGCUCUCAUUUCUUCAGUACAAUUCCUUGGCUAUAAAUAUAUAUAUUUAUAUCCAUUUUCGAUUUAUUUUUUUGUAAAACUUACGAGAGCCGACCACCUCAAGUCGUUUGGGGUUCUCAUGCUUCCUGCAGGGGUUACAGGAUGAUUAAUCCCAACGAACCCGGAGCUCUGCAGCAAAUCGGCGAAAACACAGAGCUUGCUUGGCCUGGC